GACGUCACCGAGGACUGCAGGGGCCUGAGCCGCCGCCGCCGCCGCGCAGCCCCACACCACACCGGGGCCCCCGCCGCCGCCGCCGCCGCCGCCGCCGCCGCCAGGAGAGUCGCCGCCGCCAGGGCCGCCGUUGCAUCGGUGCAGGUCAAGGGCAACAGCAGCGUUGGCAAGACCUCCUUCCUCUUCCGCUACGCCGACGACUCCUUCACGCCCGCCUUCGUCAGCACCGUGGGCAUCGACUUCAAGGUCAAGACCAUCUACCGCAACGACAAGCGGAUCAAGCUGCAGAUCUGGGACACGGCGGGCCAGGAGCGCUACCGGACCAUCACCACCGCCUACUACCGGGGCGCCAUGGGCUUCAUCCUCAUGUAUGACAUCACCAACGAGGAGUCCUUCAAUGCCGUGCAGGACUGGUCCACCCAGAUCAAGACCUACUCGUGGGACAAUGCCCAGGUUCUGCUGGUGGGGAACAAGUGUGACAUGGAGGACGAGCGGGUGGUGUCGUCCGAACGUGGCCGGCAGCUGGCCGACCACCUUGGGUUCGAGUUCUUCGAGGCCAGCGCCAAGGACAACAUCAACGUCAAGCAGACCUUUGAGCGCCUGGUGGACGUCAUCUGCGAGAAGAUGUCCGAGUCGCUGGACACGGCGGACCCCGCAGUCACAG